CCGCUCGCCGGCACCUCGCCCUCAGCCUCCUGGCUUCUACCGGCCGCGGGCGGGGAGCACGGCCACGGCAGCCGCAGUGGAAGCAGCAGGAGGACGGCGCGGCACCGGCAGUGGCAGACGGGAAAGGCUGCUUGCACUACUUUUCGUGGCGGAAGCACCCGCGAUGCUAGUCUUGCGAGGAGUGGUGCGUCCGCACCGUGGCAGUCACUGAUGGCGUCACGCGCGGGGCGGCCUCUUGCGGGGAGCGCUGUCCCGUGGAGGGGCCGGGCGGGUCGCGCCGCCCGCAAGCAGGGUUCCGCUGCGCGUAGAGGCUAGCGCCGGGGCUUGGUCCCCACGGGGCCCGCCGCGGCCCCGGGAGCGUACAGGCCGCCUGCCAGCAGGACCCGGCUGCUGGGCAGAGGUCGCUCUUGUCGGCCUCAGGGAAAUUACUCUCAAUCUGCCGCUUGCCAGUUCUAAGCGUUUGCUGGGGACUCCGGGGACACUGUCAUGCUCCUCUCCUGACAUCAGAGACUCGGCUCUGUACCUUUGAUGGGGCAGCAAGCACGAAGCAAUGCACCUGAUAUAGCAAGUGUGCGAGGGGCCUAUUCCGAGACCGGGCCUGCGGAGGGCAAGGCCAACGAGAGGAGUCGGUUGCAGCUCUGACUUGUGUGUCAACUGGGAUGGGGGAAGCCUUCAGAGAGGACACGCGGAGCGGGCGCCGCGCGGGCAUAGGGACACCACUGCUCAGCCCCGGGCUCCGGAUUUAGGGCCGAGACCUUAGAAAUCAAUGAAGGCCAAGAAAUGGCACAUUGUGGGGACCUGCUGGCAGCCGGCGAAGUGCUGCCCGGUGGAGGCCCAGCUUUGAACAACCAGCAGGCAGCCGUGAGUUCCGUGUUCCCAGACAGACGCCGGCAAAGUCCGUCUCAGGCGUGUGAGACGACGAACUCCUCACGAAGCGCCUUUGCGACUGGGGACUGGUACAUCCUUCACUUGCAGGACGUCGCUUUUCCCGCGACCUGCCCAGCGGGGCCCAGAUCUCGGCGCAGGCCUAUCCUCCUGGCGACGCCGCCCUGCACCCCAAAGAGCAAGUCCCGCCGCUCCACGCCUCGGCCCCCGCGACCGGCUCUCCGUUAGGAGCGCCCCGGUGCCCGGCGGCGGCAGUGCUGACGGUGCCACGGGGCGGGCGGCAGGCGCGGCGCCUUCGGGCCCGGGCGGGCAUGUCUGGUUGCUACGACAACCGGCGCUGCAGGUGUCCUGUGACGUCAGCCCCGGGCGCCGCGUCCUUCCGCCCCCUGCCGGUCAGUGAGAUACUUCCUCCGCGCGGUACGUGACGUCAUCGCCGAGCGCCGCGGCGCGGGGAGGGGUCGGGCCGGAGGCGGCCGCGGGCGGCGCCGGGGCCGAUGGGGGUCGCGGAGGAGGAGCCGGGCGAUGGCGGGUGAGGCGGCGGCCGGCAGCGGGGACCUGGGAGCCGGCGUGUGGCAGCCCCUGCGGGUGCCCCCAUGAACGAGCGUCGCGGCUGGGGCUGCCGGUACACCACGGGGCACCAUGAGAGCGGGCCACGAGCGCAGCCAGGAGUGCCUCCCGCCAAAGAAGCGGGAACUUCCCGCCGCCAGCACCGGCACCGAGGCGGGACGGGUGGGGGGUACACAGGCUUCAGGCGAUGGCCCCGAGUGGGCUCGGACAGCUGGACUGGGUCCUGCAGCGCUGCGCUAUGGCCCUAGUGAGGCCACAGAAGCAGUGCCGGGACUGACGGUGGACCAAUAUGGGAUGCUCUACAAAGUGGCAGUGCCACCUGCCACCUUCUCCCCCACGGGCCUGCACCCUGUGGUGAACGUGAGCCCCCUGCCCCCUGCCUUCAAUGUGACCUCGCCAAUAAUCCAGCACCCAGGGGUGCCCUACCCUCCCAUCCACUAUGCGCAGAUUCCUUCAACGUCCCUACAGUUCAUCGGCUCGCAUUACACAGUGCCCUAUGCUGUCCCUCCUGGCUUCCUGCCUAGUCCUCUCCUGUCGCCUUCCACCAACCUCACUGCCUCUCAUGUCCCCCACUUUGUGCCAUAUGCCUCUGUCUUCACGGAAGAAGCCGCUCCUUCCCCUCAGACUACCUCUCCUACCCACACCUUCAGCAAAUCCGCUUCUGCAGUCUCUCCGUCUGGGCAGAUGCAGCACCAUGCUGGGACGCAGCCAUUAGAUAUUGCACCAGGUAGAAUUCCUGUUUAUUAUCAGAUGUCUCGGCUGCCACCAGGGUAUUCAGCAUAUGAGACACCUGCAGCAGGUGGAAGUCCAGAAUCUUCUCAUCAAGACAGUCAGCUAAAUUCAGAGGUAGCUGCUGCUAAUGGUGGACAGAGACAUCUGGAGCAUAAUGUGGUGAAGAGGACCAGUGAGGCUGUGGACUCUGCCAGCAGCAAAUCUGAAGAGUGUCUGCCAGGGACUGCAGCAGGAUGUGUGGUUGAUGGACAGUUCCUUUCUAGUUACCAGACGCUGGGAACAGAGGUCUCUGUGCCAGCUCAAAGAAGCACCCCAGAUGCUGAUCUGGAGGUUCAGAGGGUGGUAGGGGUGUUGGCAUCUCAGGAUUAUCAUAUUUUGGCAGCCCAGAGGAAAGAUGACCCGAGCCCUUUAAACCUUUGCCAUAAUGUCCCUGAUCAGCAGGGGGAGUCAAAGGAUGCGCUGAGGAACGCAGUGGAAAGGGCUGCGGCCGAGAAAAGCCAGUCCAGGAGUCCAUACGUAAUGUCCCCUGAAGAGCCGGUUAGACAAAGACAAUUAACCAAAGGAAUGGUGAUAGCCAACGGCAAGCCAGUCCUGGUUCCCGUUGGAUCCGAGCCCGUCCGGUUUUCUACUUCAGAAAGCGCAGUGAGGCGGAGCCCUGAUGCACAGGCUCGAGGAGGCAUGCUUGAAAAGAACUUGGCCCAGCCACAGCCACCCAGCUCCUCACACUUGCCCUCUCACUUCAUGAAAGGAGCCAUCAUCCAGCUGGCAACAGGGGAGCUGAAGCGGGUAGAGGACCUGCAGACUCAAGACUUUGUUCGCAGUGCGGAGGUGAGCGGGGGCCUGAAGAUCGACUCCAGCACUGUGGUGGAUAUUCAGGAAAGCCAAUGGCCUGGGCUUGUCACUCUGCAUUUUGUGGUUGGGGAGCAACAAAGUAAAGUGAGCAUUGACGUGCCGCCAGAGCACCCCUUCUUUGUGUAUGGCCAGGGCUGGUCCUCCUGUAGCCCAGGGCGGACUGCUCAGCUCUUUGCUUUGCCCUGUCACAGGCUGCAGGUGGGGGAUGUCUGCAUAUCAAUCAGUUUACAGAGCAUGAAUGGCAACUCUGCUUCUCAGGCUAAUCACCCUCUCACAGAUCAGCUGAUACCUACUAGGGUGAGAUCUGAAAGAAUGGCUCUAGGGUCCAGAGAAACAUCUGACAGAGCUGCUGAAAGGAAGAGCCACACAGAUAGGGACAGUGCGGUCCAGAGCUCUCAUGCAGAACCCUCUCAGCCUGAGACUGGCAGUCAGCACAGCUGGACAGCCUCAGGCUUCCAAAGAUACAGCACGCAGGCAGAGGAGCCUCGACCCUCUCUGCUCCGUCCCUCUUUCAUUCCCCAGGAGGUCAAGCUGUCUAUCGAAGGGCGUUCUAAUGCAGGGAAAUGAUCCCUUUGAGGCUGUGAGUUAGGGCAUCCCUUGUAGGUGAGCCUCACCGUCAGAUGGAGAAAUUGCACAGACUUCUUGACAGGUUCACCAGCAAGGCUGCUUUCUGACCUGCAGGACUGGCUUUAUUCCAGUUCAGUGGCUGACCAGUUCCUCUUGGGGAAUCAAGAGGGCUCCAGUGCCUCAGGGAGCAGCAGCAGACUAGCUGGGGUAGAGAACAGGGAUGUGCUCAUGAGUUUGCAAUGAGAGCAUUCCAGAGAUUGGAGGCUGGGGCUUUCUCACACCUCCCUGAGGAACGGAUUCCCUGCAGGGCAGGGUAGAAUCAUUCAGGAUAGGUGGGGAGAUGAGGAGGGUAGACAUGGCUUAAGGUAGCAGAUGAAAUUGCUGAAUAUAUUAUUCCUCCUUUCUCAUGAUAGGGAGAGGUGGGUCCCCACUGGAGUUUAGGGGACUCUACUCCCAGUUUCCCUUUUCUUCACACAUGCACUUUAAAAGGACCGUUCACCGAUGGAGCUCUUGAGGGCAGGACAGAGAUGCUUCUCUGGUGAUUCUGUUUAAUGUCUCUUCCACUGAAUCCAACUGCUCUUUCUUCUUGCAAAGAAUGUACGGAUUUGAAUGAAUCACAGAAAUUCAAGAGGAAGGAACAAAAGGAUGGGUUUGGGUGAAUAGGGAACUUAAGCACUUGGGAUGGGACACAAGCUGGGGUGGGAGACAAGAGUUUCCUGCUAUAAAAUGCAUUAUUUGCCACCAAAUUGAAUCUUUCUUCCCUUGUUAAUAACUUAAUCUGUUGGGCUUGUAGCUUUUGCAGAGGCUUAGCCUAUGGAUGUUGGGGGUUUGGGUUGGAUUUUGAUGUUUGGGGUUUUUUUUUAAAAGCUGGAGUAAAAUAUAUUCAGCAUUCUUUAGGGAAGAAUGGGAAACACAUACCUUUUCUGUGAGAAGACUGAGACUAUUUUGUAAUUAAAUCAGAAGAAAACUUUCCAGAUGGCUAAUUCUUGCCUGCAGGCAGUUUCCUGAAUAAGCUCUAGACAAGAGACAACUGUUGUGCAUGUGCAGGCAAGGUACAAAUUUUCUGCUGAGUAAAGUUGUAUGAUUAAUGCAGGGGCUCUCAAAAUAUCGCAGCAUCACAGGGUAUUUUGGGGUGGUUUUCUGUUAGUUCUGGUGCUUCAUUUUGGAGUUCCCUCUGCAGAACAACAUAGUAAAAUCAAGAGUAGUGUUUGUCAUGGUGAGAUGUAAUACAAAUGUAGAUUAAUACCUCAUUAUGGUAAUAACACUCCAUUCAAGUGAAGGCUCCUGUAGUUACACUAAUUUGCCCUCUCUGGUGGUGUGUUAUGACACCAACUCUAGCUGCUUAGCUAGGAUGAAAAGUAGUCACUAUUAUGUUGAGGCUGAGAGUCUUCACUGACUUAACUUGGGUUAAGUAUUCCUGUAUUAAGGUGCCCAUCUCUGUGUUAGGACCGGGCUUUUGGGAGUGUUUCUCUUUCAGUGUGCAGGUCCCCACUAGAGUUCUGAUUCUGCUCCCAAUGUUAAGCAUACCAUUCCCCAUCUCCCUUCUCCUUCCUGAAGUUUUCUUUUGAGCAUGCCUGACUGUGGGGGCACUGCUGCUUUCUUCCCCUGAAUGGCUUUUGUGCCAGCACCUCUUGUCAGCAUUGCUGUCCUUCAGUCAGCUUGCGGUGAUGGUGUCUUAGGGCUGUUCUGCGCACUCUCCAGGAAGGUGUCCUGUACUUGGCUGUCUUUAGUUGACUGUGUGACAGGGGUGCUCUGCCUGGGUAUUAAGCAAAUUAGAGAGUCUCCAGAAUGUCCCUUCCAUCCAGGCCCCAGCCCUGUUUUCCUAGCACAUUGCUAGCCAUUUCCGUUGCCUUUGAAAUGCCUGCAUCAGGACAGUUUCUCUUCAGGCCUUAGGUGAGAUACGCGCUACUCAUGCCUUCACUCUUGGUGCCUCACGGGAGUUUCUCCGGGAUGAGGAUGCUGCCUGCAUCACAUGUAGCUUCUCCCAGGUGACACACUGCUUCCGAGCUCACCAGCUGCAUUUGAAAUUUAUGAAGUCAUGGUGAUGCUGUCACGUGAAGAUUCUGUCUCCUUGGGUGCAGCAGCUGUGGGAGCAGAUGCUAUUUUCAUGGCACUGUUUGUCAGUAAAAGUGUUCUGUGUGGGGCCAGUAGCCUGUCCUCAUCACCUCCAUGUUUCACAGUUGCUAUUCAUCACUCUCCUAUGUAAAGACCUCGAUUACUGUUGGUUAGUACUUGAUGCUCAGGAUAACCAGGCAGAAGGCAGAGGAGCACAGGUUGUCUUGCCUGUUCUUUAAUGUGGUGCAUGCAGAGGAACUCAAAGCUGUGGCAGGCAGCUAAGAAAGGGAUCUUGCAUAUGUGUGGUGUGUGAAUGUAACAGGCUGGUUACAUGCAUAGAGGGAAGGUCUGAGCAGCUGAAGGGUGCAGAGCCCCUUGUGCAUCUUUGAACACAAAAGUCUGUCUUUUAGAGAGGAUGUGGAGAGCCUGUUAUAUCUUGUGUGUGUUGCUAACUAAUCACGGAUCUCAUCUGCACUAAAUAGUGGUCUGAAAGGGCAGAUGCUGAUGUAAGAGGCAAGAUGCUGUGUGGAUAAAAUAACUGUACUGUAGGCAGCUGAAGAGCUGGGAAAGUGCUCACCCUGGUGUUUACUUGGCUGCUGGCCUGGGCUGUGGUUAGCUGCUCCAUCUGCCGGGUGUGGUUCUGAGCUCUGUGGAACAAUCCAGGGUGAAUUUCACCUUGGUGCUUCUACCCAGACUUGCCAUCAGUCCCAUUGGUGUGCAUGUUUCAGCUGCCAGCCCUUAUGUAUGCAAUGGCUUGGGGCACAUCUCAUGGUUGAGCACUGAGUUGAAGUAUCUGGGCACCUGGCUGCUUGCACCAAGGCAGCAGGCAGGAUGAGGCCACUGUAGGCCCUCUGACCCAGCUUAGCAGUACUCGUAAUCACUGGAAUCUGUUUUACUGGGUUGAUCUGUGGUGCUCAGCACCUGUGGUGGUUGUGCUGAGCACUGAGGCUCUCCUGAGAUAGGGAGUGUGUGAGACAGGCUCUGCUGUAGGCAGAAAAGCUAUGAACAAGCUCAUGGAGGAGGCUUUUAUUUCUUGGGUUUACAGGGAAAAGGAGGAGAUAAAACCAGGAAGACAUUGUGGAAUGAGAUGGUUAUCUGGGCUUUUCUGCUGGCAGAGAUGUGACAGGCUUCUCAGAGAAAUAACUGUUUUCCUGCUGCUACUGUGGAGGGGAGGAGAGCUGUGGUCUCUCCUGCCUGGAGGUAGAGGCCUCUUGGCUUUGGUCUUAUCCAGCUCACACUCUGUGGCAGGAGUCUGUAGGAUGCAAUAAGGGGUAUCUGUAGCCACCUGUCCCAUCUGACAGAACAUUCCGUGGGUCAGCUGCCCAGCAGGGGCCAGGCCUCUUUCUAGGCUGCAUGUACACUGUUGCUCCAGGAAUGUGAGACUUGCUCCAAGCGACAAGUGCUCAUCACUACCAGUCUAUGCAGAGGAAGCUCUGUCUGGAGAGCAGGAGAGCUGCAGAGGCCCCUCUGCCUCCCCUUUCCAGCAGGUGCGCCAGUAUAAUGCACUUUUCACAUUAAGUGUCCCGCCCCCUGUCCCCAUCCCACACUUGAAGUCAUCUUCCCUCAUAGAGAACCAACAGUCCUUGUUACUCAGAAAAUACUGUAAAGGAAACUACAGCAGCUCAAGUAGCCCAGAUGCUAGUUCCUGCCCACAGCAGCUCAUGUGCCUUUCCCUAGUGUUACCCACAACUGCUCUUUGUCUUUCGGACUGUCCUAGGGCCUGCAACUUUGCAGAAGCUGCUCAGAUGGCUAUGAAUGCAUGUUCUGCACAGAGUUUGGCCCAGGGCGUGUUCCAUAUGUGGUUCAAAUGCUGAUGGUCAAGGCCCUUCCAUGGUCCACAUUUGUCUGUGGAGAACAGGACUUGCCCUUAAGGUCCUUCAAGGCUGCUGCCACCCACCCCGCAAACACAACACCCCUUCCCCCCCAUUCUAGUUGUUUUCUGCUUUCCUGGCACCUUAGUGCUAGGGGAAGGUCUGCCCAUGCAGAGCAGAGAAACAGGUGUGUGGCACUGGGGAACAUGGGCUGCCCUGAGGCAAGGAGGUCUUUGUAGAUAAGUGCUGAUCCCUCAACUAUAAUCCCAGUUAUGUAAUGGCUGUAUUAACAUGUAACCGACCGCAUUGUAUCUAAAGCCUUAGAACUAGUCAGGUGCUCCCCUCCAACCUUGUUCCUGCCCCUCCUCCUACCUGAUCUUUAACAAAGCAUUAAUAAUUCUAAGGAUAAUCUCUAUUUUGUUGUGCUUUUUUGUAACUGUUUUAAAUAAAUCAAUUUGUACUGUA